AUGCCGACUACUGCUCCAACUGAAGCUGAAAUUCUUGCGCCAACACCGAUACCACAAGCACCCAAACCACCCAAAAAGCUAAAGCCUGCUCGAAAGCAGGUCAAACCCGGAGAUGUCGUGAAAGAGGAGACUGUUCAGACGGGAAAAGAAUAUAAUAUUUGGUAUAACAAGUGGGCAGGGGGUGACCGUGAAGACAGUUACUCAAACAAAACAAAAUCCCAAACACGAUGCAGCAUUAAACGCGACUCGGGGCUCACGCGCGCCAACACGACUGGGAUGAAAUACAUUUGCCUCUUCUUUUCCCGCGGCUGCUGCCCGUACGGCUGGGAAUGCGAGUACCGACACACCCUCCCUGACGCGAAGGAUGACUUGCCUGACUCGUCGAAGGAUUGCUUCGCCCGUGACAAGUUCGCAGACUACAGAGACGACAUGGGUGGUGUUGGAAGCUUCAACAGACAGAAUCGGACGCUGUAUGUUGGACGCAUCAAGGAGACAGGCAAUGGACAGGAAACUGAGGAGGUCGUUGCGAGGCAUUUCAGGGAGUGGGGAACCAUUGAACGGAUACGUGUCCUGCAAUAUAGGAGCGUUGCUUUCGUGACGUACGUCUCUGAGUUCCACGCACAGUUUGCUAAGGAAGCUAUGGCGUGCCAGUCUCUCGACAAUGACGAAAUCCUUAAUGUGCGCUGGGCAACGGAGGAUCCCAAUCCCGUUCAAAAGGUUGCCGAGAAGCGCAGAUUGGAGGAAAUGGGUCAAGAAGCUAUCAAGGCCAAAAUGGACCCAAGAAUUGUGGACGCCAUGAGAUCCGUAAGAGCUCUGGAGGAAGGGGAAACAUUGCCACCAGAUGAAGAGUAUGAUAGUGACGAUCAACGACAGGAGCUGGAGCAUCAAGUAGAUGAUGACCAGCCUGAUAGCAAAAGGAGAAGGAUAGAGGACGUGCCUGAGCAACCUAUCCAGGCAAAUGGGUUGUUGAGCGCAGACACGCUAGAAGGUCUCAAAUAUUUCGCGGAAAUUCGCAAACGACACGGCGGUGCCCCAGCACCACAACAGCGUGCUCCCCCACCCGCAGCCAAGCCGACAGGAUUGGGACUGGCGGACUACGGGAGCGAUGAGGAUUGA